ACCCUAGAGGUGUGAGGCUAACCACUAAGCCACCGUGCCCCUGCCUCAAAAACAGAAGGACCAAAUUAGUGUUUAAAAAAAAAAAAGCUACUACGCUUUUAGAAAAACUUGGCUGCCAUUGUAUUUACAAAUGACAAUAUGGAUUCUGUAGUGUGUAAGGCUAAUAUGAGCCAAAUACUUCAAUAUUCAUUGCGUGGUGCAGCUGGAGACAAUACUUUUACUUUCGCGUACUUCAAAAGUAAGCCAAGACUUUUUAUGGGUCAAUGAAGUGGAAUGUUCUGCAAUCCAAGUUUCAAGGCAAAAUGCCCCAAAAACAAUCAGUGCCAACUGCACUAAUGGCCACACCAAGAAAAAAUACUAGAAUCUGGUGAUGUCUAUGGCUUCAGGCGGUGGAUGGAUUUGUAACCGUGUAUUAAAUAUUUCUGGUUUUUGGUUUGUCCAAAUAUUUUUAGAAUUCUUUACACAAAUGAUUGUGAAGACUGAACUAGAUUGGGUCUUAUAAUUACCCAGUUACUUAUCGAGCAUCCUUUGUGUGUAAGGAGGUGGGUCAAUAGCCUAGUAUUAGCAGUGUUCUUCCUGUAAAAGCCCCGCCCUUCCUCUGCACCAGCCUGCCUCACAAUACCUGUACCUUUCUGCUACGAGAACACGCACAGCAAGGACGCUCCAUCUCAGCACUUUUCUGAGAGUGUUUGUACGUGUGUGUGUGCGUGUGGGGUUGAAUUAUUUAUGACUACGGAUGCUCCACACACGUCCUGCCAAGGCCGUCCUGGGAGUGUGUGAGUAGGAGCGAGCACUCUGUGUUUAUGUCUCAGCAGAGAUGGGUGAAAGGAGUACAGUGCAGCAGCCUGCUUAUGAUGGCUUGUGCAACUACGCCCAAAAAAUCACCUCAUGCUUCGGACUUGACGUGACCCACACACAUGAUGCUCAACACCACCAGGAGAAGCCUUCCAUCCAGUGCUAUAAGUGUGGCCAGCCAUGCAAGGGCGAGGUGUUAAGAGUGCAGAACAAUCACUUCCAUAUCAAAUGUUUUACAUGUAAAGUGUGCGGUUGUGACCUGUCACAGGGUGGAUUCUUCAUGAAAAAUGGAGAUUAUCUGUGCACGCUGGACUAUCAGCAGAUCCAUGGCACACGCUGUAACGCAUGUGGUGAGUUUGUGGAGGGCGAAGUGGUCACUGCACUGGGGAAAACCUACCACCCUGCCUGCUUCGUCUGCACUGUCUGCAAAAGGCCGUUUCCUGCAGGAGACAGAGUGACGUUCAACGGAAAGGACUGUCUGUGUCAGUACUGUGUUGAGCCCAUGUCCCCCGUCCCUUCUAAGGGCAUCACAGGGCCUGGCACAUGUGCAGGUUGUGGCAGAGACAUUAAGAAUGGACAGGCUUUACUGGCUUUGGACAGACAGUGGCAUUUGGGCUGCUUUAAAUGUAAAGCCUGUGGCAAAGUACUGACUGGAGAGUACAUCAGCAAAGAUGGCUCCCCAUACUGUGAGAAAGAUUAUCAGCUCCAUUUCGGAGUGCGCUGCGAAGCCUGCAAUCAGUUCAUCACUGGCAAAGUGCUGGAGGCAGGUGACAGACACUACCAUCCUAGCUGCGCUCGCUGUAGCAGAUGCAAUCAGAUGUUCACUGAAGGAGAGAAGAUGUACCUGCAAGGAUCGACUGUUUGGCAUCCGGGCUGCAAGGACUCUACAAGAACAGAUGACAGACAAAGGCCGACACGCUCGUCAUCCGAGAGUGUGUGUUCCAGACCUGGUUCAAGCAUACCUAGCUCACCGGGUCACACCAUAUAUGCAAAAGUAGACAAUGAGAUUCUCGAUUAUCGGAAUCUCGCUGCCAUUCCCAGAGUCAAAGCCAUUUAUGACAUCGAACGUCCUGACCUGAUCAACUACGAGCCGCUUUACACCACUUCCCUCGACGAGAUGGAGGAGAGAGAGAGUGUUGGAGAGCUUCAGAGCUUGAGGCGUGAGCGCUCUCCCAUGCCAGAUGACCGAACACCAAGAACUAUGUCGCCGAUCCCGUCUGCAGAUAGUUUUUAUGACAUGAAGGGUCACAUCUUGCAGCGCUCGACGAGUCAGGGCUCUAUCGGCUCGCCCAUCUAUAACCGCCACUGUUACACACCGACCCUUUCUCGAUCCCCACAGCACUUUCACCGACCUGGCCCCGAGCCAUCCAGUGGGCGGAGCUCCCCUGGGGCCAGCACACCCCCACUCCCUCUGACCCCGAAACAUUUUCAUCUGCCAGAUCAGAGUGUCAACAUGUACAGGAAGCCACCCAUCUACAAAAAGUAUGGCUCUGAAGGGGGGAGACGGAGAUCCCGAGAGGAGGAUGAGGAGGAAGUUCAGAAACGUAGACAACUCCAGGAAGAACAUCUCACCAGGAUGCAGUCUGGUCUUGGAAAGCUCAUCCUGAAGGAAGAGAAGGAAAAGCAGCUGUUUCAAGAACGUCACACGCGAAGUCAGUCUGCACAAAGACCAACAAACGGCAACACAGAUCCAAAUUCUCCUGCCAAAACGGGCUCACUUCCUGGCUACGGGCGAAGUGGGUUGCAUAGGCCUCAGUCAACUGACUUUACUCAGUACAACAGUUACGGAGACGUCUCUCCAGGAGGACGAGAAUUUCAGCCCUUGCAGGAUGGCCAUCGUCCUGUCAGCAGAAUGGACAGGGGGGUUUCGAUGCCUAAUAUGCUGGAACCAAAAGUAUAUCCUUACGAAAUGCUCGUGGUCACCAGCCGUGGCCGAGCCAUGCUGCCCAGAGAUGUGGACAGAACCCGACUGGAGCGGCACCUGGCUCCAGAAAUGUUCUUUGAGAUAUUUGGGAUGGACAUUCAGGAGUUCAAUAAGUUACCUCUAUGGAAGCGCAACGACAUGAAGAAGAAAGCCAGACUCUUUUAACCAUAAAAAAGACACAAUACAGUACACUUCUGUAAUGUAGCCAUAUAUUUGCUUGUAAUCUCUCUUUCUUUCUAUCACGGCCAUUGUAUGUGCAUAUAGGAAGGGACUUGGAGUGAUUUGACUGUUUUAUGUUUAUUGGUUAGCACAACAUAGUACUAUGGUACCAUCAUUUUAAACAAAAAAGUGACAUUAGCACAUAAGCACUGAAUGUUCAGACCUUUAUGUAUUUAUGUCCCUUGUGCUUGUUUUCCUCCUUAACAGACAUUUUCUUUUCUGCUUACUUUUCCUUAGGUAACUUCCGCUCGCAUAGAAACUUAAGACAUUGUCGCAAUGAUUUCACAGGUAAUUGAAUGUAGUCGCAGUGAACUUUCACGUAUGCUUGUAUGUUGGUACGUCUUUAUGUAAGAUGUUAUAAGCACUAGUAAAGUUCUCCAUAUUUUCCACAUUUACUCCUUUAAAGUCUGCCACUCAAAUAUUUCUUGUUUAUCUAUAUUUUUGUCAUUUAAUUACUGAACUUUAGUCAAACCCGCACUGUACACAUCCUAAAAACAAGCUGGAUCUGGUUCAUUAUUCAUAUUCCGAACGGAAAACCGCACUGCCAUUUAUUCUAUGUAUGAAUGACGAAGUGAAACGGUUGAUAAACUGUGAUAGACAGCAACACCAAAGGUAUGGCCAUGCCUAAGAGAGCAAAAACAGCACUGGGUUUUUCUCAGGAUCCUUUCCACUGAAGGCUUAAAAGGACCAAAUGUUUAUUGCUCAUGUAAAUUAUAGUUUCAGACACCGAUGUCAGAGCAAUUUUUUUUGUUGUAGCUUUGUUUGGGUGGUAGGUCAAGGAAUGGCAUGGCUUCUUCCUCUGACUCUCUCUCUCUCUCUCUCUCUCUCUCUCUCUCUCUCUUUUCACAUUCAAAACCAUACUCAAGUUCUUUCAGCUCUGUUUGUCGGUCGAAACUAAUUUCCAUGUUAAUCUGACUGCUUGCAAAACACCAGGAUUUGACAAGCGACAAAAUGUGAACUCUUCGUGAAUAUUUUAUUGAUGUAAAAAGCUUCUGGUUAAUAAAAUGCAGCAAAUCAGAUGGCACAUUA